AUGUCAUUUAAAUGCGAACGAUUUCUUAUUGAUGCUAUUGAACAAUAUAAUUUACAUAAAAUAAUAACAUGUGUUAAACAUGGUCAUAAUGUUAAUAUAAAAAAUAAUCUUGGACAAAAUUUACUUAUACAUGUACUUAAACAACAAAAUUAUCAAGAUCCAUCUUUUGAAAAAAAACGUUUACAUAUAUUUAAAUUUUUAAUAACACAUUGUAAUCUUGAUGUACAUAUAACUGAUUAUUAUAAUAAAAAUCUUUUUAAUUGGAUAACAAAUCUUAAUCGUACACAUGAAGGUCUUUAUUUAUUACGUUCAUAUCCAGGUGAUAUUGAUAUACUUCAACGUGAUCAUUCAGGUUCAUGUUCAUUACAUUAUGCAAUUGAACAUGGUAAUGAAAUACUUGUACAUGCUAUUGUUAAUUAUCUUCUUCAAUAUAAUAUAAGAUUUGAUAUAAAAGAUAAUUAUAAUAAUACACCUGAAGAAUUAGCUAGAAAAUUAGGUUAUAAUCAACUUGCAAAUUAUUUAUCUGAAACAUGUCGAUUAACAAUAUUUAUAUCAAGAGAAAUUUCAUUUUUACAACAACGACCAAUAACAACUCGAUUAAAAACAGCAGCAACAACAAUAAAUAGAUCUAAAGUAACAACAGCAACAACAAUAAAUAGAUCAAAAACAACAACAGCAAGAAUAACAAAUACAAAAACUAAUCUAUCAAUAUUAUCAUCAUUAAUAUCAUCACCUUUGAUAUUUAGUUCACCAGAAUUUUAUAAUUUAUUCGAAUCAAAAAUUGAACAAGCAAAAAAUUUAAAUGACUGGAAAACUGUUGCAGCAUUAAGAACAUUUCAAAAAAAUUUAAAUGAAAAAAAUAUCAAUAAAUUACCUAUACCUACUCUUCAAAUUAAUAGAACAACAACAACAACAUCACCUAUUCCUCCGACAUCUUUUCCUAUUACUACAUCAUCAUCAAUUAGUCAAUCAGCACAAUUAUUAAAUUUACUAGAACCACAAAUAUGUUCAUCAUAUCGUCAACCAUUUAUACCUAAUUAUCCACGACCAAUUAUUCCAAUUCUUAGUCGUCAACCACCACCAGUAGCACAACGUAAAAUGUCAAUAACAUCAUCACGUCGUAUGUCAUCGGUAAUGGGUAAUCGUAAACGUAAUUCAAAUGCUAGUCAAUUAGGUAUUUUACCAAUACAAGAUGGACAAAAUCGUUUAGUUUUACCGUCAACUAUUAAACAACGUAGACAAUCAAUUACUUCAGAUCGUUCAACAAAUAAUAGUCCAUCACAAACAUUACAUACAAAAAAUACGAUUGCUGUUCAUGAUUAA